GAGCCAGUAUGAAUGUAAAUACAUAAAUAUGUUUAUAAGUGUAGGUUUAAGACCUGUUGCUGUCGUAGCUUGGUGAUAAUACAGAAUUUUCCCGUUGCCAUGACUUUUGAUAUUUACGGCUAGUAAAUUAAUCAGUGAUAACACAAGCAUAACUUUGGAUAUUGUUAAUAUCAGAAUUACAUUUUAGAGUAAUUAAUAAAAAACAUGACAGAUCAAAAUGAGUUAGAUCAAUUAGCUGCAGCAGAACUAGAGAGACUGCAGCGACAACAUCGUACUUUGCAAUUGGAGCUUCGUGGUUUACUUGAAGAAAAGGCUAAGCAGUUGAAGAAACAGAAUCACAUGAUCACAGUCUUGCAACAAGAACAUCAGAAGUUAAAGGACGAAAUUAACACAUUGGAGAGCGGAACACAUGCCAGGAAGAAUACAAAUAAAGAAAAACGCUUGAGUUAUUUGCAAAGACAAAAUGUUGACCUUCAGCAAAUUUUGCAAGGCGAACGCGUAAAGCUUUGGGAACUGGAAGGCCACCUAAAGAAAGUGGAAAAGGAAAUUGAGGGUUUGCGAAAGAAUGAAGUGACUGAUAGUUGCUAUAAGGAGAGCAUUGGUAAAGUGCAAAAGAGCGUUGUCAAGUUGGAGAAUCGCUUGGACGUGGUUAACAAAAAAUGCAGCGACGUUUUGACGGAGAACUGCAAAUUGCGAAACUCCAUAAAUCACAUGUUGCAGGAUCGCUCGAAUUUCAACGACAUGUGGCAGACAAUGGUCACACAAUUUAAUGAGGGUAAGAAAUACAUUAUGGAGCUAAUAGAUCAGUCUACAGUGGCCUUUGAUUUACGCGAAGAGCUUUGCAACAAAUUACAAGUGCUCAAGGACCGCAGUGAGAACGAUAAAAUUAUGCAUAUACAGGAAAUGCGUGAGAUGCAACGUCGCCUCGAACAUGAUGCGAAAUUGCAGAAGUUCUUCGACAUUAAAGGCAAGAAGCGUCUAAAUCCCGAGCUGGAGCAACGUGAGGCCAACAAAAAGCUCGCAUUGAAAGAAAACUUUGAGCGACAGUUGGAGGAAUAUCAUGCCAUCAUUGAUGAUAUUAAAGAACUAUAUGCGGUGGAGGAUACAGACUCUCUGACAGCACAAUUCAAGCGCCAGGAAGAGGAAAACUUUGCACUCUUCAGUUACGUUAAUGAGUUGAGUCACGAAGUAGAGACUUUGAAUGAGACCACACAAGAAUUGAGCGAAGAAAUUGAACGACAACAGGCUGAACACGAAGAGAAGGAGCUAAAGCAGAAAACAGAAGCUUUAGAUUACUUAAAUAGCGAACUGGAAAAGAUUGAACUGGCAGCCAAGGAGGCAAGCGAUAGAGAGUUGGCACUGCAUACGCGUUUGGAUCAAAUGUUGCAGGGAAUUUUAGAGAUUUUCAAACUUUUAUCUUGCGAUGAUGCUCCAAUAUUAAACGUGCUGAGCUCAAAAACAGUAUUAACGGUUCAUAAUGUUAAACUUUUCGUUGGCGUAAUUGAGCGCCGAAUAAAUACCGUUAUUAGCAAUGUGAACGUGGAUGAAUCUUCGACCAAAAUAUUGGGUAGAAAGGAUCGUGUUCCAAAGUUUAAUAUCAAAGAGUCAGCGAAGGGAAAAAACUAAUUUAUUGUAUCGGAAAAAACGCACUGUACGGAUUAUUAUAAUAUAUUUAUUAAU